AUAACAUAUAUUUACACACACAUAUAUAUAUAUAACAUCAUCCACACUCACUCUUUCGAGUUACUUUACCUGUGUGUAAGAAAUUCCUCAAGAUAUUUUUGCACAGAACAAGAAAAAGUUUGUGACUCUCGUUGAGUCUGUCUUUCAAGCUAUUAGGUUCUCUUUUUAAGCUUCAAAGGAUUGGUCCUUGGGUCACUUUCUUCGUCCUUUUCUUUCUCUCAUGAUGCUCAAUAUUUCUCUCACUGGCUUCAGUUAUUUCUACAUCAGUGUGUUUGGAGGAUGGUCUGGAAUGAGAUGAAAUGGCUGUAAAUGCUGUGGAAGGGAAUAGAGAUUUGCAGCAAAAGGGUAUUAUGCUCUUUGUUUAAAACCAAUCAAGGGGUCAAUUUUUUUUAAUAAUGGAGGAUAAGGAUUUGAAUAGGUGUGUUACUUCUUUGGCUGGAUCUGAACCUUUAUGCAGUACCCCUUUUGCUAUUGAUGAUGCCAGGCUUAAAUUAACAAUGGCGAACAGUAGAAACCCGGAUAUGGAUUUGGCUUCAGUUGGUAGCCCAAGUAGUUCUAGACAAGGCCUAAUAUGGAAAAAUCAAUAUGAUAUGCCUUUACUUGAUGAACCCUUGUUCCAAGAAGAGAAUUAUCAGGUUUUGUCUCGAGUAAGAGAGGAGUUUGCUAUGCAGAAUAAGAGAGGUGAGCAUUUUUCAAACAAGCAUGUUGGGCAAGACAAAGAUGAAAUGCCUGCACAUACAAGAUUUAAUGAUGAUAAUAAGAUCAUCUCAAGCAAUGGCCUACUUGUUGGGAAUAGAAAACUGAAGACCAUUUCAAGGGGUAGCUUCUCUCAGUUACUUGUGAAGAAAAAGAUGAAGGGAAAGGGAAUUGUUACCAAAUUUCCAGAAGUUUACAGUGCAAGUCUGGACCAAAACAAUGAAAAACAUGAUUAUGAUGCUGAGGUAGCUUCUACUGCUGAUUUAAAAACAGGUACUAACAUUGAUCAGAAUCAUUCACAUGGGAUUCUCAGGUCACUUCCAGAAUCUUAUAGUAAUGGAAUCAGCCUGAGGGAAUGGCUCGAAUGCGAGUCUCAUAAGGUAGACAAAGCUGAAAGGCUGCUCAUAUUUAAGCAAAUUGUGCAGUUGGUGGAAUUUUCCCACUCUCAAGGUUCUUCCAUGCUAGACCUGAGACCAACCUGCUUCACCAUUUUGCCAUCAAAUAAGAUUCAAUACAUUGGUUCAUUGGCCUUGACAGACACAAUGGGCAGUGUUCUUCCAGAUUUAAAUAAGAAAAGGCAAGUGGAUCCGAACGCAAAUUCCAGCCAUAGUUUAAGUGCUAAGCAACAAAAACUUAGCGAGGCAAUGAGAUCUCUUAGAAACCAGCCUAAAAUAGGGAAGGAGACUGAAUGUUACAUGGCUGUUUCACAAACUUACGGAUGUAGAGAUCCUCAAGUGCAUAAAGAUUCCAGCUACCGAAAUACUCAAAUUGCAAGACAACAACAAUCCAUUGCUUUACCAGGUCAGUUGGAAAAGCAGUGGUAUACUUGUCCAGAGGGUCUUGAAGAAAGAGGUUGUACUCUUUCAUCAAAUAUAUAUGGACUUGGCGUUCUUCUUUUUGAGUUGCUGUGCAUUUCUGAAUCAUGGGAGGCUCAUUCCACAAUUAUGUUUGAUUUGGGCCGUCGGAUUUUUCCACCGAAGUUCCUCUCAGAACAGCCACUAGAAGCUGGACUUUGUCUUUGGCUUCUUCACCCCAAGCCUUUGUCUCGUCCAACUAUUAGAGAAAUUCUGCAAUCAGAAUUGAUAUGUGGCUCUGAAGAUUUGAAUUCCGGGGGUGUUUUCCCAAAUUCUGCUGGAAUUAUUGAUUCCCAAUCAGAGGUAUUACUUAAAUUUUUAGCUUCAAUGGAAGAAGAAAAGCAAAAGCGUGCCUCUAAGUUAAGUGAAGAAAUAAGAUGCUUAGAAGAAGAUAUUUCAAUGGUUGAGGGAAGGUACUUAUCAAGGACAUCCUCAGAUUUUUCAUGUGAGAAGGAGUUUUCUCUUGUAAAAGAAGAGGGAUUUUGUCCAGAAGAGUCAAGUUCAACGUCAAAGAAGAAUGAAGAUACAUUGAUGAAAAAUAUUACUCAGUUGGAGAAUGCUUACUUCUACAUGAGAUCCCAAAUCCAGCAUAAAACAACUGCUGUUACAUCCCAAUCUGAUAAAGAACUGCAAAAGAAGAAAGAAAAGAAAUGUCAUGUGAAAAUUAAGAAUGAAGACUCAAGCAUGAAUCAGGCUUCAUAUGAUCGUAUUGGAGCCUUUUUCGAUGGAUUAUGCAAGUUUGCUCGCUACAGCAAGUUUAAAGUAUGUGGAACACUUAAAAAUGGAGAUUUUUUUAACUCUACCGGUGCCAUUUGCUCUUUGAGUUUCGAUCGCGACGAGGACUACAUUGCUGCAGCCAAAGUAUCAAAGAAAAUUAAGAUCUUUGAGUUUGCUGCCUUAGCAAAUGAUGCAACUGAUAUCCAUUACCCUGUUGUUGAGUUGUUAAACAAGUCUAUGCUCAGCUGUGUAUGCUGGAACUACUACAUCAAGAACUAUCUAGCAUCAACAGAUUAUGAUGGAGUGGUAAAGAUGUGGGAUGCAGCUACCGGCCAAGAAUGCUACCAAUACAGCGAGCAUCAGAAGAGGGCUUGGUCUGUUGACUUCUCUCGAACUAACCCAACAACGUUUGCUAGUGGAAGUGACGAUUGUUCUGUAAAAUUGUGGAACGUUAACGAUAAAAGUUCAGUGGAAACCAUCUAUUGCCCUGCCAACGUCUGCUGUGUCCAGUUCUCUGAUUACUCUAGUAAUCAGUUGGUCAUCGGGUCUGCUGAUUACAAAAUCUACGGCUAUGAUCUUCGCCACGUUAAAAGUCCUUUGUGCACUUUAGCUGGUCAUGGAAAAGCCGUUAGCUAUGUAAAAUUCUUGGAUGCUGAAACUCUUGUUUCUGCGUCCACAGACAACACUUUAAAGCUUUGGAAUCUCAACAAAACCAUCUCAGCCGACCAUGGUAGCAGUUUAUCCUAUACCGGUCAUACUAAUGAGAAGAACUUUGUUGGAUUAUCUGUUUUGGAUGGAUAUAUAGCCUGCGGUUCAGAAACAAAUGAGGUGUAUAGUUAUCACAAAUCUCUACCAAUGCAUAUAGCUUCACACUCGUUUGGAUCAGUUGAUCCCGUUACUGGACAUGAGAUUAGCGAUGAUAGCGGACAGUUUGUUUCAAGUGUCUGUUGGAGAAGAAAGUCUAAUACGGUAGUUGCUGCCAACUCUAUUGGAGUCCUAAAGCUGCUGCAGAUGGAGUAAUGGAAAUGGCUUCCAAAGGAUUUCUCCUUUGCCUUCUUGAUGUGGAGAUACAAAUUGAAAGAAGAAAUUCAUUCAGAUACUCGUAUGAAAAGUGAAUUGAAAUGUGGCCCUUCAUGGUGGUUAAGGAUCUUUACCUCUGCAGUUGGUUGGUUUGUUUUGCUCAUUCCUAUCCCAAGGAUUUCUUUUUUCCUUCUUGGGGUGGUGCGGUGGAUCGUUUCAUGUAGUGGAAGAAAAAGAAAAUUACUCUGGCUAAAGGCUCAAGUUGAAAGAGAAAGAAAGACAAUUUGUAUAUAAGCCCUCCAAGUUGAGAUUUUAUGAAUCAAUUGUUAUAUGAAAAAUUUGUAAAUUGUAAUCGAUUUAUACCCCUUAAUUUCACAUUAUAAUUAGGACUGAAUGAAGUCAUUUUGACUUAAAAGCAACGUGAUUAUAAAUCAGUGCUAAAUGGCUAAAUUCAGAGAUUAUCAGGCAAGUUAGGACAUGGCCCUCGAAGCCAAUUACAUUAUCAACAUCUGCAUACCAGAAUAGAAAUCUUGCUGCUCAAAAAAAGGAAGGACAAAAAGAAGGGCAGAAAUUGUACCAAGAAGGAAACUUCUGCUGUGUUCAGAUGUUAUCAUAAGAGUGAAAAAAUAUUCUUACACAA